GGCGGCCUUUUCUCAGGACACACACACACACACACACACACACACACACAAUCCACUGUAUAAAGGGCCGUACUAUCAAACAUUUCGGCGCCCAAUCUCACACAUUUGCCAAGCCUUGCGUAGGAGUUUUGGGGAUUUUCAGGGUUAGUUUAAUGACCGUGGUGGUAGCUUGACCCUUUUUCUGUGCCGUGAACCUACAAAAACACUCAUUAGAACCCGACUGAUUUCCUUUUCGGCCUUUGGGAAUAGUUGGUGUUAGAGGAAGCGUCUUCUAAGAAUACCAACCAGAGUAACUCGUGGUCCACACCGGCGCGGCAAAUAACACUCGUAUCAUCAUCUCGUAAAAGGAAGAUUCGCCGUCAUCAACGCAAGCAGAAGGCGUUGACGGCGGGGAGGCGGAACGUGACGGGCGGGUGGGUGGGUGAGGGAGUCGUCGGCCGUCUCCACCACCCGCGGCAGAGCAGGCUGAGGUGCGUCGUAGUGUGCCGGAGGCCCCGCAGCUCCUCGUAACGGCACUAACCCGACUCAAUCUCGCCCUGAGAAUGGGAUAAGCGUAGCGGCAACCCUGCUGGAGUGGACGUAGAGAUCCAGUGAGGCGUGGAGGCAGGAGGGACGCGCUGUGCAAGGGUUGUAGUGCGCUGUGUGAAGUCAGGUGCGGCGGACGGGCCCGAGAACACCUGUGUGCCUGAUGUGCUGCUGAGUGGAGACGCGUACAAGAACCUGGCUGUGAUCAAGAGGUGUGAUAUUACCUGGUGCAGAGUGAGCGUCUAACCACAUCAAGGAGUGCAGUAACUGAAGUCUAUCACCUCAAGCAAUGUUACUUCCUUUGUGUGUGUGUGCAUGAUAGCUACCCAGAAUAUAGCGACCGCCUAACCACGUCAAGGAGUGCAGUAACUGAAGUCUGUCACCUCAAGCAAUGUUACUUAUCUUUUGUGUGCGUGUGGCCUGCCCUACUGUACCUAGCAAGUGCCUAACCCCAUCAAAAGUACAAUAACUGAAGAGAUUGUCGUCUCCAGAGCCUAGCGAGCGCAUAACCAGAUUUAAAAGUGCAGCAAUUGAAGUUUAUCACCUCAAUCAACAUUAUUUUGGUAUAUUUUCGUGUGUGACAUCUACCCAGUGCCUAACGAGUGCCUAACCACAUUAAAAAGUGCAAUAAUUGAAGAGAUUGUCACCUCCAGAGUCUAGCAAGUGCAUAACCGGAUAUAAAAGUGGAAAAAUUGAAGAGUAUUUCCUCAAUCAACGUUACUUUACUUUUAUGUAUGUGUGACACCUACCAAGGAUAAAGCAAGUGCCUAACCCUAUCAGAAAAUGCAAUAACGGAAGGAACUGUGACUUGAAUCAACGUUACUUAAAUUUUUCGUUUGUGACAUCUACCCAGUGCCUAAUGAGUGCCUAUAACCCCAUCCAGAGUGCAAUAACCGCUACCACAACGACACCAUCGCAACCACUAACAACCACAAUUAUCACCUGAAGCCACAUUACUUAUCUUCUGUGCGUGUGUCUGUGUGCUCGUAAGAUAUUCGCUGGUCAGAUAAAGUGCCAAAAUUGGAGGUACCGUUCUUCUUACACAUCAAGGAGGGAAGACACCGAAGCGCGACUGAAUAUAACGUUAUCAAGACAAAAGGAUCCGUGAUUGUGUAUUGAAAGCUAGCCAUGAUCGGAUGUACCUAACGUUCUUCUCACACAUCAAGGAAGGAAAGUACUGGAAGCGUGACUGCUAACGUUAUCGAGUUAAAAGGAUUCGUGUUAAGUGUACUGAAAGGUAAAUAUAUCUUGGUUACGUCUCUUAGUGGCGUUAUAAGUCUAAAGAAUACGUGAUUGGUGCAUUGAAAGUCAAAUCUGUGUGUGUUAAUUUCCUUCGUGUUGUUGGAAGACGGUGUGCUUUUGUUUGUGUGUUUGUGUUGGGCUGUCGCGCCCCUACCGCCACCAAUCCCUUCCCCAAUCUAUCCAGUCCCUUCCUUACCCAAUCCAGUUCCUCCUUACCUUAUCCAGUCCCUUAUCCGCCCUACCUAGUCCCUCUCCGCCCCUGCCAGUCCCCUCCUCGCCCUUGCCUAGCCAGCAGUGUUGGGCCCAUGAAGGGCAGCGUCAUGGGUAGGCGGCUGCUGCUCCUCGUCUGCUUGCGCACCGUCGCCACCUUCCUGCUCGGGUUCGCCAUCGGUGCCAUCUUCAACCUGCUGCUCGCCAGUUCACUGCAGUUCCCUUCCCUCACCACCGCGCCCGCCCUCGACACAUCGCACUGGGAGGACCUGCUGGAGGAUGUCUCGGGGGUGGAGCUACAGCGCCUUGAGGACACGGGAUAUUAUAGAACUCAUUUGAGAUACACGCCCCGGCCAGCACCUUCGCCACCACCAUCAGCAGCUCGUAGCGGAGAGAUCCCCGAGACGCCCCUUGUGCUGUGCUACGUCCUGGCCGGCCCGAGCACCCACCGCACCGCCCUGCACGUCAAGAACACCUGGGGGCAGCGGUGUGACAGCCUCGUCUUCUUCAGCACGGAAGAUGACGCUAAUCUAUCCCCUGAGGUGCUGGACGUCCCCGAGGGCUACGGGUACCUGUGGGCGAAGUCUAAGGCCGCUCUCACACACCUGCACGCCCAGUACCCGCAAUUCCACUGGUACCUGAAGGCCGACGACGACACCUUCAUCGUGGUGGAGAACCUGCGCUACUUCCUGCAAGGCCGCGACCCAGACGAGCCGGUGUACUACGGCGUCAGGUUCCGGCAGCACGUGAGACAGGGCUACAUGUCGGGGGGCGGCGGCUAUGUGCUGAGCCGCGAGGCGCUGCGCAGGUUCGUGACGCGGGCGCUGCCGAUCGUGGACCAGACCAAGUGUGCCACCAAGUCCCUCAAGGGCGCCGAGGACCUGCAGCUGGGCAAGUGUUUGGAGAGCGUCGGGGUGGUGGCCGGGGACAGUCUGGACGAGGUCGGUCGGUCGAGGUUCUUUUCUCACAGUCCCCUCUCGCUGUUCUUCCACCAGCCCGUCAUCAACAGGCUGCACUGGUACUGGCGAUACAUCUGGCACCCGCACGCCGUGGGCCCAGAUUGCUGCAGCCGGCACGUCAUCUCCUUCCAUGACAUCGACCCUCGCAUGAUGUGGGUGCUGGAGACGCUGCUGUACCGCGUCUCCGUCCACAGGGACCUCCAACCACCAGGGCGCAACACCUCCACCUCCCCGCCCCCUCCCGUGGCCUCCUCCGCCCCCUCCUACUCCUCCGUCAACUCCAGGGACCUUAUGCGUAUCCUGUCCCCGUCUUCCACUCCGUCAAGUAGUAGCUCUUCCACCUUCUCUUCCAUCUCUAAAGACCUUAACCGUAUCCUCUCUUCGUCUCCCACCACACCAAGUACCUCCUCUUUCUCUUCCUCCUCCUCCUCCUCCUCCUCUUCCAGACGUCCCGAAGUUACUCCAGUCGUGGAACCUCACCGUUGAAGAAGAGAGGAAUAUGUUUUGUUGUUGCUUAUGCUUUGUUGUUGUUGUUUUUUUGUGAUAUUGGAAGUGUCUGUGAGUGUGAUACGAUGGUGGGUGUGGAAGGCCAUGGUGGUCGUGUUUUAAGUUAUACAUAGUAUUCGAGUUUGACUAUUAUUAUAACAAUGAUUUCGUGAUGGGGGAGGAACUGCCUGUGUGUGUGUGUGUACAAUACGUUCUAUAGUUCAUUCCAGUGUGUGUGUGUACAUCUCCUGUGUAUAUAUCGUAGGGUUACUGAAUUAAUGUACGUAUGUAUACAGUGUGUGUGUGUGUGUGUGUGUGUGUGUGUGUGUGUGUGUAAUUCACCCACGGCCUGAUCACAAGUUGCACUCGUAAUCGCCAGCAAAUACCCUCCCGACAAGACCAAGCUCAUUACAGUCGAUCUCUAGGUACUGCCGGGGUCCUCACCCCCCCCCCCCCAUCCCCUUGUGUGUGUGUGUGUGUGUGUGUGUGUGUGUGCUCCUUACACAAGUUGGAAUAACUUCAUAUGUACUUGAGAGCUCGCCGGUGUGUACUCAAUGUCAGGGUGAGUGUAGGUAAUGUGUGUGUGUGUGUGUGUGUGUGUGUGUGUGUGUGUGUGUGUGUGUGUGUGUGUGUGCAGAUGCAGCUUCACUAAUCAGCUGGGAAGGCGUCUGCUGUAACACUUGAGUGAGGAGAAGUAUUUGCACCUGUCAACACACCCACCCACACACACACACACACACACA